UAGGGCCUGUGGGGGUCGCACUGACAGGUCUCCUUGCGUGAGUCCUUGAGGCUUGGGUGGGGUCCCGCUCCCGGGAGCUUGUCUGAGGUUAGACAUACACCCCCCCCACACACGCCUCCCUCACCCCGUAAAGCAUUCCGGUCAACAUGUCAUCCAGUCAGGAAUCCGUUCUUCCUAGCUAUGAGACUGAUAGCAGCCAGACAUCAAAACUGAUCAGAAAAUCUAAAGAAUCACCCUUUGUACCGGUUGGGAUGGCAGGUUUGAUUGCAGUUGUAAGCUAUGGACUGUACAAACUGAAGCACAGAGGCAAUACAAAAAUGUCUGUUCACCUGAUUCACAUGCGUGUGGCCGCCCAGGGCUUUGUUGUUGGAGCAAUGACAUGUGGUGUGCUCUACUCAAUGUAUCGGGAAUACCUGGCAAAACCCAAGGAGUGUAAAAAAGAUGACUGAAAUCCGUGUGCUUGGUGGUGGUCUAUGUAUCUUAGUUAUAGACCUCACAUUGAGGUGUCUUUUUCUUUUUAAUAAAGAAGAAGAAAUAAAAAUUCAAGGAUGUGGUUCUACAAUACUGUACAUGUCUUGUCUUGUGCCUGGUAUUGAACCUUUAGGUUGCCAGUCUGGAUCUAGCACAAGGUGGUGGUGACAAAGCUACCACAAUCUGCUGGCUCUCUUAGACUGAGCCUACCAUACCCACUAGGAACUUGUGCAUUGUACAGGACAGUGCCUCUCUUCCCUUACCCACCCAAUCUCCCUACACACAACUGGUCAAGAAUACAAUCCUUGGACUUCUGGUAAUUUAUGGCAGAUAGGUCUGGAACCCAAACAACCUUCUUACAUUGGAGUGGUGGUCCCUCCAGCUCAUGGCUGAAGCACCUAGGAAAGUCUGCAUGGAGAAGGUUGUACUCCUGCCUAUGUUGUCUCUGUCCUGUAGAUAAAAGGACUUCAGUCUCUAAGGCUGUAAUCCAGCACUUUCACUAGCACUAAACUCACUCAAAAUAAUUCUUAAAUUUGCAUAGAAUAAAAUUCUUUUAAAACAAAACCUAUUUUUAGUUUAAUUUGAAGUAUGAGCUGAGCAUUCACUAGUGAAUAAAACUAUUUAAACAUAUUUAUUACACAAUACUAAUAAUUGAGGCCCAGAAGCCCUAUUUUAAUAGAUUAUGGAUUGCAGCUUCUCAGAUUAUUGAAUUUGGUAACUGCGUGUUUAUUUUUGCAGUAUUAGGUGUAUGAUGUAACAUUUUUAAAUGACAUUUUGAAAACUAAAUCUGUACUUGAAGUGAUGCAUUUUAAGUAUGUAAUUAGAAUGCCUGACUUAAUUUGUGUGAUAAUUGCUGUUUCAAUGGAAGCUCUAAACUUCUUAGACCUUUGCUUUUAUUAUCCUUGGUGUGAGAUCACAUGAAGCAUUCUUCCAUUAGCGAUUUAUGGUAACGUCAUUAAAAUCUGGCCUCAAUGCCAAAUGUAUUGCUCAAGUGAAGCACGAAUCCGUAAACUUCCACUUUCUUGAACUUGCUGGCAUUCCCUGGAGAUAGCAUGGUGUCUAAUACAGUGUUUGUAAUAAAUACAUUAAGUAACUCCAA